AUCCAAAGUGGGCCACUCAGUCACUACUUCUCUUCUCUUCCCUUCUCUUCGGGGAAGGAAUCGAAACUGAAACUGAAACUGAAACUGAAACUGAAGGUGUUGUUUCUGUUUUUCUCUCUUUUGUGUAUCUCAAAACCAAUCUGAAUUGAAGAAACAAAGAUGAGCCAAGAUUCUGAGAAGAGGUUUCGUUCCAUCAUGGAUAAGCUCUUUCAUUCUUCCAAAUCUUCAUCAAACAAUCCUGAUAAGAGUUCAUCGGGGGUUCAAUUAUCAAGUUCAAGGGGUAAGAAACGUGGUUUUCAGUCAAUUGUGGAUAGGAGAGGGGAUGAACAGUACUUAUCAGCUACAGCAGUAUCAGAAUCCCAAGGACAUUUGUGUAGACCGUGGGAUCGUGCUGAUUUUAUGAGGAGAUUAGCUACAUUUAAAUCUAUAUCAUGGUUUGCUAAACCUAAGAAAGUAAGCGCUGUCAAUUGUGCUAGAAGAGGUUGGAUCAAUGUGGAUGUUGACACCAUAGCCUGUGAAGAAUGUGGAGCACGCCUUUUGUUCUCUACACCGGCUUCUUGGAAUCACCACCAGGUGGAGAAGGCAGCCUUGGUCUUCAGCUUAAAAUUGGAUAAUGGACAUAAAUUACUUUGUCCAUGGAUUGACAAUGCCUGCAGUGAAACACUGGCACGAUUUCCUCCCACAUCUCCUCCAGUAUUAGUUGAUAAUUUCAGAGAACGUUGCUCUGCUCUGUUGGAAUUGUCAACUCUUCCACGUAUUGCAUCUUCUGCACUAGACCACAUGCAAAGCCCGUAUAUGGAUGACUUUCUUGGACAAUCAUUGAUGCAGGAGUGUGGAAAUGGUUCUGCCGAAAAUUUUGGAAUAGAAGAUGUCAGUAGUCAAGAGGAGCUGAAGUUGUAUUACCAGGCUCAAAGGCUAAUAAGUUUAUGCGGUUGGGAACUUCGUUAUUUACCUUAUGCAGUCGAUUGCAGGGAUGUAUCAGAUCAGUCUCAUAAAAAUUCAACUAUUGUAUACUCUCCUCGAGUAGUUUCUGAUGCGAGGAAUAACAAUCUCACUGUCUAUUCUGCUGACAACAAUGAAAGUUCGAAAAUGGAUGAAAAUUCCAAGCAUUCUAUUGGGGAGCAAAUGGAUCCCAAUUCUGCAGUUUUGGAUUGUUCCCUAUGUGGAGCCACUGUUGGAUUGUGGGCAUUCUGUACAGUUCCCCGACCUGUGGAAUCAAUCAGAUUAGUGGGAUAUGCAGAAGUGAAUGUUGAUAAUGAUCUUGAAAGUAGGCAGGGGGUAAAUAAUGCCUUGUCUGACAUUGCUAAUUCAUCAAAGGACACGUCUUUGGGUUUAAAUAUGACAAUUGCAGGGGGUCCUCCCCCAACAAAGCAAAACUUCAAAGCAAUAAUAUCUCUGCCUAUUAUUGGUCAGAACUUAAGAGCUCGUCUUUCUUAUGAUUAUGAUAUUAGAGAUCAUUUUUUUGUUGAUCGGGGUGGUAGUCAGUCAGAUUCACAGGAGAUCAAGAUUCAGGAGAAAACUGAUAACACGGUUGAUGCUUCUAUUGGACAACUUGUUCCCGUGUCAUCUGAGAUAAGAGAAAUUUCAAAUUGUGAAACUGGUUCUCAACAAGCAAGCAUUUGUGACUCGGUGUUAGACAAUGAUUUAGAGGGCACCAGUUCUGCAGGACAACCUUCUGGUUUUAAGGAGAAGAUGCCAGUACAAGCAGAAACUGGUGGAUUGAAGAAUUCGUCUGCAGAAGAUCCUAGUAGCUCUCAGACAGACAUGGCAGAAGAUGAAGCACUUUCACAUAAGACCAAAGAAGGCAGUCAUGUUGAAACUUCUGGGGUCAAAGAAAGAGCAGAGAAUCCCAUUAACCGCGAAGAUGUACAUAAUAGUAUAGGUAAGUUUAAGAAUCCAUCCCUGCCCGGUAAAGCAAUGGAAUUUGAUCCAAUCAGACAGCACAGACACUUCUGCCCCUGGAUUGCAUCAGAAGACGGUGUAGAGCCUGGUUGGAAACAAACAUUAUCUGCUCUGUAUCGUCCAAAAGAACAUUUGCGACAUUCUUCAAAUACAUCUCCAUCAUCUAUGUCCAUUAUGAAGGUAGAUGACCCUGUCGGUUCAAUCAGAAAGCUUUUCAUGUCUCCACCUACAAGCAGAAGGAAGCUCACUCACAUUUCGAGUCAAAAUGCAGAGCAUAGGUAGCUUAGACCCAGUUGUAAGACAAAUUUUAAUUGAAGAACCCUAAACCAUUGUAUACUGUCAUUUUUUCUUGGCAUUAUUCCAUUUGAAAACCAUGUAAGCUGUAAUUUUUGUACUUAUAGUUCAAUAGGUAUUUUUUAAGAUGAUGUUGGACGGGUUCCCUUCCUAACAAAAAGAAAGUAAUUUGUCGCACCUAGAUGUUAUUCAUGA